AUGGGUAAAUUAGAAUGGUUCAAAUAUUACAGUUCCAUUGGCGAAACUGACGCUAAGAACCCGUGUAAUGGAUAUGCCAGCAAAUACUAUCCUCCACCAAAAGAAUUAAACUCGCCAAAUGGAGAGAAAAAAAAGAGUAGUAGUGAGCCAGCAUCCAAGCUUUUGAAAUUGUCGACGCCUCUACUUGAUUCAUUGAAUCAAAAACCGCCUACCGAUUCAAUCCCAUUUAAUAGCGAUACUAUCGACGGUACUAAGGAACUUUCGGCUGGAAACAAAAAUGUACCAACUACCUCCACUCGAAGUUCAACCAUAACGAUGGACUGUCGUCCAAAAAAAUGUAGUGAUGCUCCAGUAUCCAAGCUUUCAAAAUGUCUUACUCCUUCCUCAGGUACGACGAAACUAAAACCAAUUACCGUUAAAGUUCCGCUAAAAGACACCGUAAUUUCUGAAAACUUAUCACGUGGUAUCGUCGAUGACAGUAAACCAGCUACUUCCACUCAAAUCACUUCGUAUCAAAAGAUCAAUCUAAUGCCACAGCUGAGUAUGUCUGUACCACCAUCAAAUGUGUUCGAUCCAAAUAAUAUCCUUUAUCAAAAAAUUAUCAAUAUUGAAAACGUCAUUACGGGUAUGAAUUCAAGAGUUACAAGAUCAUUGAUUAAUCAAGACAAAAUUAUAAAUUUAAUAGAAAAACAAAACCGAAAAACUUUAGCAGAAAAGUUGGUGGAUUGCAAGGUGGCGUCAGAAUUUGAAAACCAUUUUACUUUGAACUUUCCUCUAAGGACAUUGGAUGAUGUAGUUGAAUUGGAAAAGUUAUUGAUUGAAAAACAAUACUAUAAGCUUUUAGUAAGUAAAACUGUACAUAUUAUGUUAAUAGAUUUAUAA